AUGGACAGUCCACCUUUAGCUGCUUCUAUUUUGUCCGCUCAAAAUACUUUACGUAUUGCAGAUCUUCGUGAAGUGAUUACAUUACUUGAUAGGCAUAACUACAGCAGAGCAUCAUAUGAGCAACUUGCUCUUCAUCUUGAAGUGUCUUACAAUAGGCUAGAGAUGAUACGGAAAAGCAAUCCAGGAGACGUUCAGGCUUGUUUUACAGCCUGUUUGGCUAGCUGGUUGCGUAAAGCUGAUAGUAUGGAGGAUCCAACAAUAGAUAAACUGAUAGCUGCUCUUAGAGUAAUAGGACAGAAUGCUGUAGCUGAUGGUAUUGCUAAAGAAAGACAAAACACCUGUACUUAUGAUCGCACGAGCUAUCCUGAAGAUACUACGAAUGAGAAACAUGCCAAUAACAUUUUGGAUUCUCAUGUUAAACAGCUACAGUCUCUUAAUAGACCUUGUGAUAUAGCAAGACUGCUUCUUGCAGAAGGAAUAUUUAAUGAAAAUGAGCAUAAAGAUGUUGUGAAAAAAAUGCUAGGACGUAGUACUAAGCUAAAAUGCUGUCAUUCACUUUUGCUCGACGUCGAGCUUGUCAUUCAGAAAGAUUACAAGAAACUUAUGAUGUUUGCUCGAUUAUGUGAAAUUACUGGAAAUAAAAGGAAGAAGAAAUUAUUAGUAUGA